AUGGGUUGUGGUGUACUGUGCACGCCGUAUACGCAACAAGAUAUUGAUGCUGAAAUCGCCGCUUUUACACCUCGUUUACCUGUAGCCGUACUUAUGAAUGGUGGUAUUAUCAAGCUUGAAGGUGCAAAUGGAUUUUUCAAUCCGAAUUCUCUUCUCGAUCCGAGUUGGCUAAAAGGUAAAAUGACACCGAGUUUUCCGGUACAUGAACGACAUAUGCGUCAACAAUUAAGAGUUCAAGCAGGAAUGGCUGCAGUAGAAAAGAUCAAUGAAAAUAAUCCAUCAGUUCAUUUUACUUAUCAACAAACAGCCGAAAGCAAAGAAAUGGAUACAAGCUGGAGUACAGAUCCAGCUAUGCGCUAUGGGCAUCAACAUCGUGCUCGCAUUGGUCAUUCCACAGUGACAGAACUUUAUAUUACUGUCAAUUGA